AUUUUUCCAAUUUAAUCAGAAUGAAAAUAUUAUUGUUGACAGCAUGCAUUAAAUGCAUACUAUGAAGAGCUUGCCUCUACAAGUAAAAAGCCAUCUGAUCAGGCUCAGGGUCCGAGUGAGCAGUUGAUAGAAAAAAAACGAGCCACAACAGAAAAAAUUCUGCUCAAGAAACACAGGAGACAGAACAAUGAAUCCAUCAACAUCAACAGAGUCUAGUGCUGCAUCAUCAGUACCAGAGCAACCAAAAAGACUAAAACUGAUAUCAUGGAAUAUUGAUGGGCGCAACGCAGAAAACAUUAAGAGUAGAACUGAAGGUGUUCAAGGGGUUAUUGCAAAUGAAAAGCCAGACAUAGUUUUCUUUCAAGAGGUGAUACCCUGGUCCUUUGCUUAUCUAAAAGGAGUGUUUGAUGAAACGUACGAGUGCAUCGCAGGUGGUGACGCCGGGUACUUCACUGCUGCCAUGGUUAAGAAAGCAACAGUGAAACUACAUGACUUCUAUUUACAACCAUUCUAUUCCAGCAAAAUGGGAAGAAAUCUUCUUAUACUUCAGACGGAAGUCACUAGUUCUGGUAUUCCUCUGCUACUGAUGACAUCUCAUCUAGAGAGCUCAAAUGUAGAAGGAAGUGAACGAAAAAACCAGCUAAAGAAGGCAUUUGAAGAGAUGAAAGUGGCUGAUUCAAAAUAUACUGUCAUCUUUGGUGGGGAUAUGAACGUUAGGGACAGCGAGAUUGUACAGAUUGGCGGGUUACCAGAGGGAAUUUCUGACCUGUAUGAGGUCACAGGCUCACGACCAGAGUGCUACUACACCUGGGAUAACGCCAGGAACGACAACUUAUAUUUUCCGCAACGAGUCAAGUCACGUUUUCGGUUCGAUCGUGCUGAAAAUCGCUACGUGCUGCUGUGCCACUGGCGAUUGGAUCCCGACACAGUUUUGGCGCACUUAACCAAUCAUGAAUGA